UAAAUCCUCCCUCACUAACAUAGUUAAAAGACAAACAAUCUUUCGUCUCAUUCCCCUCCAAAUGUGUUGAAAGCCAUGGACUAAGCUUGUAGACCUCAACAUCUCUAACACUUGCUUCCCCAAUAUCAUCUGUGGAUGGCAAGUUUGGCCUCUCUAUUCCAAGGCAAGGUGUUCUAUCUCUUCCUCAACGUAUCCUUUCUCCUUCUCUUUUCUUUCUACCUGAUCACUACCCAUUUGUAUCCCUUCGGUCCACAUUUCCUUGAUCAGUCCAAACAAUCUAGUAGCAACAUUUCCUCAUUCAUGUUCCUGUACGAAUCUAAUGGUGAUGGUUGCAGCAACCUCCAUAGGUACCAUGAUUACAAAGCUAAGUGUGCGUACUUGAGAUCUGAUAAGGGAUGCAGGCCUGAAGGGUACAUAGACUAUCUUCAGCUCUUUUAUUGCACUUGUGGCAGAUACCCAGUAUUUGGUUACACUGUCCUUGUCCUCUGGCUUGUGGUUCUGUUUUACCUCUUGGGUAACACAGCUGCCAAUUACUUCUGUUCCUCCCUGGAGAGACUGUCAACAGUCUUGAAGCUUUCUCCAACGAUAGCUGGUGUCACUCUGCUUUCUCUAGGCAAUGGUGCCCCUGAUGUCUUUGCUAGUAUUGUCUCUUUUAUGGGAAACGGAUCCGGCGAAGUUGGCCUUAACAGUGUCUUGGGUGGGGCUUUUUUCAUAUCUACCAUUGUUGUUGGUAUCAUAAGCAUUUCAGUUGGUCCUCAUCAGAUAUCCAUUGAUAAGUCUAGCUUCAUAAGAGAUGUUGUUUUCUUCCUUCUAGUUCUAUCUUCUCUCCUUCUGAUCCUGCUUGCUGGAAAAAUUGACGUGUGGGGUACAAUAGCUUUCGUUUCAUUAUACUUAGUGUAUGUGCUUGUUGUCUCAACCACAUAUUUGUACAAGAAGAAAGAAAGAGAGAUGAAUCAGUUUCCCAGAUCUCCUAUAUUGCCCACUUCUAGGAGCUUAUUUGUACACGAAACCGAAAGAUACUCCGAUGAAUUGGGCUUGCCUUUACUGUCUUAUAUUGAUGAUGGAAAGCUCAAUCCGAAUGAAAAAAGUGGUCUUGGAGAUGGUGAUCAGAAGCAAAGAACAAGGUGGUCUAAUCUUGGUUCACAAACUUGUUAUUACUUUCGCAGAUUUCUGUUCAUUCUGGAGCUGCCUCUUUACUUACCUAGGAGAAUGACAAUUCCUGUUGUUUCUGAGGAAAGAUGGUCUAAGCCAUUGGCAGUGAUUUCAGUUACAUUGGCACCACUUCUAUUGGCCGCACUUUGGAACUCCCAAAUGGGUUCCAAAACAGGCAUAGUGAUCUGUGUUAUGAGUGGGUUGGCAGGAAUUACUUUAGGGGUUCUUGCAUUUGUGACUACAGAGGAUUCUAACCCACCAAGGAAUUACUUACUUCCUUGGCUUGCAGCAGGAUUUUUAAUGAGUAUCACUUGGACUUAUGUCAUAGCUGAGGAAUUGGUUGCUUUGUUAGUUUCACUUGGCCAUGUAUAUGGGAUAAACCCUUCCAGUUUAGGACUAACUGUGCUUGCUUGGGGCAACUCACUUGGGGAUUUAAUUGCAAAUGUUGCAAUGGCAGUGAAUGGUGGUCCAGAUGGGGUGCAGGUUGCGAUAUCAGGCUGUUAUGCAGGACCCAUCUUCAACACAUUAAUGGGUUUAGGCUUAUCACUUGCUUUCUCAGCUUGGUAUUCAUUCCCAUCUUCCUUUGUCAUCCCUGGCGACUCUUCUCUGUAUGAGACUAUUGGGUUUCUCAUAGGUGGCUUGCUCUGGGCUUUAGUAAUCCUUCCAAAGAAAAAUAUGAGAAUUGAUAGGACUUUGGGUGCAGGGCUGUUGACCAUAUACAUUUGCUUUAUAUCUCUUAGGUUGGCCAGGGCAACUGGGCUCCUUCAACUUCAUGGCUCUACUUCCUCCUUUGGUCUCUAGAGAGGUGAACAUAUCG